UCUCUGUCUUCUUCCUUCGAUUCCCCUUUCCUACUCUCCAUUCACUCUCCGCUACGGGACUGCAAGGCCCGACCUACUGUGGCUGUAAGACGCGAUGAUACUGCAAGAUAAGGCGCCACUGCAAGGUCCACCGUCACCACCACUUGCUGUGUUGCAGCAUCUCCGUACACCGCCGUGCUGUGUCGUAGUAUCCGUCGUCGCCAUCGCGUGCUUCAUCGCAGCCCCCGUCGAUGCCGCCCUAUGUUGCAGUGAAGCUUCGCCGACGACAUGGGAUGCCGCGGUGGAGCUUCGACAGGGGUAGCCGGUGCUGCGAUGGAGCACCGCCGCUCGGUGGUCGCGCUGUUGGGUAUUUCAGUUGCGCACAAUAACACUGGCACGGCAGCCAUUUUGUAGGUGUUAGUUUUCUUCAGAAGUUUCAGUAGUUUCAGAAACAUUCAGACUUUCAAGAGAGAGAGAGAGAGAGAGGGAGGGAGGGAGGGAGAGAUGCUCCGGCGAGCAUCUCCGGCAACAGGUAGUCGGCGGCCGUUGAGGUGCUGCUAUGGAGCACCACAGUAUUCCUUUUUAUGACCCAAAUAUGUUACAUUACAAGCAUGCUUUGAGCACGCGCACUGAAAGAAAAUUUGAGUUAAAGUUAAAUUAUGUCCUGCUAAAAUCUUUCUCCUUGCAGAUUGUGGCUCAAGACUGCAAGUUGGUGCGCUCUGGAAGCUGCUGCGGCUGCAAGGAGAUUGUGGGGAAGAUAAUGAAGCAAGUGAUACCAGAAUCGGAGCAAUGGACUAGGAUGCAGGACAUGCUGGAGCAGGUCAGGCUAGAGAUGCAAGAGAUGCAGACUUCCAGGGAUACAUGGCAGCGGCGUGCCAUUGCUUCUGACAUCAAUCUUGGUUCCUUGAAUUCUGAGAUGCUGGAGUGGAAACCGCGUGCAGGCGUCAGAACAGCAAUGAAGCGCCGUCGGGGCUGCAGUGAAGCGCCGGAGGUUGUUGAAGCUCCGACGAGGGUUGCAAUGAAGCACCGCCGGCCGCUGCCAUGGGAGGUGCUGCGACCACGUAUCUCGCCGGCGGCGGAAGCUGACAACACAACACGCAUGGUGUUGCGCGCGCGGCAGCGGAGCUUCAAGGCAUCGUUAGUGUUGCUAUGGCGUAUCCCAGAGCAUCGCCAGUGUUGCUAUGGAGCAUCGCCGGUGUUGCUAUGGAGCAUCGCCGGUGUUGCUAUGGAGCAUCCUCGGGCCGCCAGAGCAUCAUCGGUGUGCAAUGGAGCAUCCCGGAGCGCUGCCAGUGUUACAAUGGAGCAUCGCCGGGCCGCCGGAGCAUCAGCGGUGUUGCAAUGGAGCAUCCCGGAGCGCUGUCGGUGUUACGAUGGAGCAUCGCCGGGCUGCCGGAGCAUGACCGGUGCUUCAUGGGGAUGGUCGCGGGCUCGCAACAGCGUCAUUACUGCAACCCGGUGCUGCAACCCUAAGCUCGCCAGCGCUGCAGCCGUGGCCGUUGUGUAGUGGCGAGCUUGUCGUCGUUUUUACUGUGAGCUGACCAGCGACGCGACUGUUGCAUGGCUAGUGCAAGAUAGCAAGCAUUCCUAGUGGUUGUAAUUGAACAUGUUAGGACGGAGUGAUCGAUGGUCUGAUCCUGCCGUGGUCCAUGGGAUCGUGCGGCUCUAAUUAAAUUAUGCUCUCGCAAAUCAACGACUGGCUAGGCGGAUGAUUUCUCUAGGAAAUCAUCCGGUUGAUCCCUAGGAGCCGCCAUAGAAUUUGGGUUUGGGGCAUGCUAUGCAUCCGCCGGCUGAUCUUUUUAAAAGAUC